ACAAAAAAGCAUAGAAACAAAUAGAUUUAAAAACCAUAAAAAAAUUGAUGCCAGAUUUUUUUUUGUUUCAAAAAGGAUCUAUACACCACCAACAGCAACCGGGAGAGAGAGAGAGAAGACAUAGGCCUUUCCCAUCUACAAUUCGACUAAAAUGUAUUAAAGAUUACUUCAGUGAAAAGAUCUUAGUCUAUUUUUUUGUAGGCUUUAGGCAUUCAUUUUUCGUUCAUCCCAUUUACCAGAAUUCAUUUGAAGACUACGAUCAAGAAAAGAAAAAGAUUCCAAAAGGAACUACUACACAAUCGUCAUCAAUCAUCAAAGCCAUUUUGUUUUAGAUUUUGGUGACGGUCACCAUAACCACCAAUCGAAAACUCAUCAAAACAAAUCUUCUGUUGCUGCUUUAUUAUUUCAAAUUAUUUCAAGAAUUCAUCAUAUAAUUCCAAUUUGCCUGUGACCAUUUCAUAACAAACGUAUCCUGUUAACUUCCGACGUGUGUUUUGUUUGCGUUCUGCAAAAUAAUCAAAAUAGAACGCCACAUUCAUCAUGGAAUCAUUAUUUUCAUCAUUGAAGACUUUCUUCAAUAAACCACCAACUAUUAUUGAUAAUCUUGUAUUUCGAUUACAUUAUCGUGGUACAUUCAUCAUAUUGGUGGCAUGUAGUCUGAUGGUAACAAGUAAACAAUAUUUUGGCGAUCCAAUCGAUUGUAUCUCCAAGGAUGAUAUUCCUAGUAAAUUGUUGGAUACAUAUUGUUGGAUACAUACGACGUUUAGCAUUGAAAAUGCAUGGAAAAAAACUGUUGGACAUGAAGUUCCAUACCCUGGAAUUGAUAAAACAACCGAUAAAGAAAGACGUGUCUAUCAUGCCUAUUAUCAAUGGGUUUGUUUCGUUCUGUUUUUUCAGGCAGCAUUUUUCUACGUUCCCCGUUACUUAUGGAAAGCAUAUGAAGGUGGCCGCGUUGCCAAAUUGACCGUAAAUCUUAAUACACCAUUGGGUAGUGACAACAAACGUAUUAAAUUAUUGGUCAAAUAUCUCAAAGUGUAUGAAAAUCGCCACAAUCAUCUAUUCUAUUUCUACUCCUUCAUGGAAGUAAUGAAUCUGGUUAAUGUUCUUGUUCAGAUGAUUAUCAUGAAUCGAUUUUUGGGUGGCGAAUUCACUACCUAUGGUUGGGAUGUUCUUAACUUUACCGAAUGGGAUUGGUCAGUCCGUUAUGACCCGAUGAUAAAAGUGUUUCCACGUCUCACCAAAUGUACAUUUCAUCGAUAUGGUUCAUCCGGUGAUGUUCAAACUCAUGAUGCCAUGUGCAUUUUACCCAUUAAUAUUUUGAACGAAAAAAUAUAUGUUCUUCUCUGGUUUUGGUUCUAUAUGGUUGCCAUUAUCUCAGCAGUUGCCAUAAUCUAUCGUAUGACUACAUUGCUGUUUCGACCAGUACGUGUGUCUCGAACACAUGCCCAUUGUUCUAUCGCUAAUCGCUAUGAUCUGGAUAAUUUACUUGAUCGUCUAUCGGUUGGUGAUUGGUUCCUAUUGGAUAUGUUAGCAAGAAACAUGGAUGCAUCCUGUUUUAAUCAAUUGAUCACUACCUAUCAUAAGGAGGAUGAUUCUCAUUCUAAAGCUUGAAUUUAGUCCAGAUAAUUUUUUUUUUUAUUUAUCUAUUUCUAUAUUCCGACCAAAUGACCAAAUUUUUGUUACAUUAUUUGAAAAGGAAAAAAAAAAUUCUCCAUUCUUUGCUCAAA